UAUAGUCUACGCUUUUUUUUUAGCUCUAGUAGUAGCGGUGUUUUUCUAGACACCUGCGGCGCACGCUAAGUGCACCCACCAGUUGUACUAAAUAGGUGCAGGAGAAGCUCAGUGCAAAUGAAAAUUUAAUUCUAGAGCAGUGUUUCCUCAUUGCGUAGAUAAAAAUGAUGUUCUGCGGUUGCACAGCACUGUUCCUGAUUUCAACUCUACUCUGGACAUCAUGUAAGUCUGAAGAAAAAAAGUGGCACUAUGAGUUCCUCCAGCAAAGCGGAGACCUCCUGCUUCCCGCCACGAACGACAACAUACCCAGGGAAGAGCUGAAGAAAAUGAGAAACGCUAGCCGUGUGUGGCUGCCGUCCCCAUGCGCAAAGUUAAAAGCGUAUUCAGGAUUUAUUCCGGUGGACGACGACAAGAAUUCCACCUACUUGUUCUUCUUGCAUAUCAAGUCGCAGGUCAACUCCAAAUUCAAGCCUCUUUUGGUGUGGAUGCAAGGUGGACCCGGAAAGUCUGCGUUAUUUGGCCAGUUUCUCGAAAAUGGCCCUCUGGGAAUAGAUGCCACCGGAAAUUUGUUCCGCAGAAGACCAGCUAUUUUAUCGGAUUUCAACGUCGUGUACCUAGACACACCGGCAGGGUCGGGGUACAGCUUCGACACUACGGGAACGUACCCCUCCACGCUCGAGGAAUCGUCAGUACACGCCAUCAGAUUUCUGAGGAGAUUUUUGCGAAUAUUUCCCGAGUACCACAACAGGGAGUUCUUCAUCGCUGGAGAAUCGUACGGAGCAAGGUCAGCAAUUGGGUUGGCGCACAGAGUGCUAUCAAGACCGACGGAGCUGCCUUGCCGUUUGAAGGGUGUGAUGCUGGGUGUGGGAUUUGUCUUCCCGCUGUUACAGAUAAUGAACUCGGCUGAUUAUCUCUACUUUUCGGGCCUCUUGGACGAUCGUGGUCGCACUAAGUUUGCAGACAGAUUUGAGCAGAUCCAACGGCUCGUCGAUGAACAGAAGCCUGUUGAAGCCGCGAAGUUGCUGAGCCAAACGGUCCUCAACAUGCAUCCCGCCGAACAUAAAUGCUUGUUUGAAGAGCUGACUGGCUUCCAGAGUCACGCAAACAUCAUAAGGGAUCGAAUAUCCAGAAGGUUUGAGACGUAUAUGUCGUAUGCAAACAGCACGGAGUUUAAAAAGAUUAUUCACGUUUCGCCUACCAGAUCUCUGGAUGCCUCAAGGCUUGAAGUUGCUAUGGCUUUAAUGGAGAAGGACUUCUUCGUCGACAAGACAUCAACGUUGGUUCACGUGCUCAACAGUGUUCCUGUGCUUUUUUACACAGCGCAGCUGGACGCCGUAUUCCCGUCGGUCAACAUGGAACGUUCAUUUUGGAACUUGAAUUGGAGGGGCACUGACGCGUUCCAGGCAGCUCCUCGGAAACGCUGGUACCAUGUAGUAAAUGGCCGUAAAGAGCUUAUGGGCUACCAGAAGAUUGCAGAUACCGUUAUGUAUACCACGUUACUUGUCACUGGUCAUCUAGUUUCAUUCGAUCAAUCGGAGAUGGUCAUCGACCUGUACCACCGGUUCUCAAAGUUUACUGACAAGUUACCUAUGGAUGUACCCGGCCAGAAAUGUGGCAACAGCAGCUUGCCCUGCUGGCCUGUCAGCGUUGUUAUAUAAGUCUUUGUCACAGAGAACAUAAAUGUUUACAGCUUCCUCCAAACUGGACGAUGUUUUCUUAGGUACAAUAAAAAAAUUCAUCUGCGUUCUCUGAACUUCGCAAUGGACGUAACACAAUGUACUAACACAACGGGUUGUGAACACCACCUAGGCCUAACACAGUAAUAUUGG